GUCCCGGUACGAAUGUCGACGCGUAGACUUGGAAGAAAAUUUAUCUAUACUCUUUUCUAGUAGUACGAAAUAGCAAUCAGACAAAUCCAAUUUCAUCAUCUAGUUCACCGAAUCAACGGAGUUGAAUAUCAAGUUCAGACGACUUUUUCUUCUCUUCUGGGCUGUAAAAAGCAAAGGAAAGAAACAUUAUUCAAAUUCAGAAGACAGGGAUUUCUUAUUUCUUUGGUUUUAUCCGUCAAUUUUCUAUCUUGCUUGCUGGAUCAAUCUGACUGAGAGUGAUGGGAGAGGACUUGAUAGUUAAGGUGGACCAUGUAAUCACACCUGAUGCAUUGCAAUCAGCACCAAAGUCAGAGGGUGCAGGGACUUCUGUAGAAAGUUCUAGCUCUCACCUGGUUAAUCCUCCAGCUUCAGUCAUUGACAUUAAGGAGGACGAAGACGACAGUGUCGGUGAAGAUGAACCACUUAUUCAAACUGUGGAAUGUCGUAUUUGCCAGGAAGAAGAUAGUAUCAAGAAUUUGGAGGUACCAUGUGCCUGCAGUGGCAGCUUGAAGUUUGCUCAUAGAGCAUGUGUUCAACGUUGGUGCGAUGAGAAAGGAGGCAUUACUUGUGAGAUCUGUCAUCAGCCUUACCAACCCAAUUAUACUGCUCCGCCUCCUACUCAUCCUGAAGAUACAGCCAUUGACAUUGGUGAGGGAUGGACAAUUGCUGGUACUCCUGUGGAUCUGAAUGACCCUCGACUUAUAGCCAUGGCCACUGCUGAGCGCCAUCUUCUGGAGCCGGAAUAUGAUGAAUAUGCUGAUUCAAGCGCAAGUGGAGCUGCAUUCUGUCGUUCUGCUGCUUUAAUUUUAAUGGCUCUUCUACUCUUGAGGCAUGCUCUUACCAUUGGAAAUGGUGAUGGGGAUGAUGAUGAUGUUUCUACUUUCUUCGCUCUUUUCUUGCUCCGGGCUGCUGGUUUCCUUCUUCCUUGCUAUAUCAUGGCUUGGGCCAUCAGUGUAUUGCAGCGUCGAAGGCAAAGACAGGAAGCAGCAGCACUGGCUGCAGCUGAGGUCGCUUUUCUGCUGCAGGCUGGGCAACGUAGGGGUAUUCAAGUCAGAAUUGCACCAGUACCUACACCAGCACCAGCGCCUGUAGCAGCAAACGAACCUGCAGUAACUGCACAUACAGGGCCAGCUCAAUGACUUCUGGGUUUCCCGUCUUCUUCUAAGCUUGUCUAGAGGAAUGUACUGAUGAUUACGGUUUCUUCCGACAUUUUUUACAGCACCAGAGGAAAUAUAUGUAUUGAUCUUUGCAAUUGUUUCUGCGGGUUUCUUUUUCCUGGUUGUGGGUUGAUCCUGCUGUCCACGAUAUCUUAACUUCAAUCAUUGUAUAAGACCUGUAAACUACAUAUUAAAGUAGCAAUCACUUCAGCUGCUGCUGUGGAUUGCUUUAAUUUUCAAUGUGAUUAUUCUGUAAAUAAGUGAAGAUUUGUACUUGGUACUUGCUCAAGAAGCUGUUACUAUGACUAUGACCGUUCUUUGUCUUCA